AUGAUCACCGGCCAAAAGGCUAUAGUCGAAAACGAAAGCGUAAAGCUCCUCUGGGACAUGCGCAUUCAAACUGAUAGGGAACUGGCCCACAAUAAGCCAGAUAUCAUCGUCUUCAACAAGGAUAAACGAACAUGUCUCAUUAUCGAUGUCACCUGCCCAUUCGACCACAGGGUCCCCGAGGGAGAAAGAGAAAAGAUUGACCGCUAUGAUGAACUUAAAUGGGAACUUAAGAGAAUACAGAAUUGUAGAGAAAUAAAGAUAGUUCCCAUUGUUAUCGGGGCUUUUGGCACUAUCUCUAGAAGAUUUCAUUCAUGGCUUACACAAAUCAGCCAAGAUCUGCACUUUGAUCUCUUGCAAAAAGCUUGCCUAUUAGGAACUGCAAGAAUUCUGCGUCACGUUCUUAACAUCUAA